AUGGCUUCUAUCGCGCGUCUUCACCUGUCAGCGAAAUCGAAUCCUAAUCUACCACCGCUUAGACCCAUCAACCUCACGCGCGAUCCAAGAAUCGUCCUCUCGUUUCCAAGAAGUGGAUCAGUAUGCUCACUCCACACCAACUUCUCUUCUCCAAAACUCGUCCUCCCAUGCGCCGUAGGCGGUGGUGGUGCUGGUGAUGGCAACUUCGGUAAUUCAGGCGGUGGAAACGGAGGAGGAGGAGGAGGUGACGGUUACGGAGGAGGAGGAGAACAAGAAGACUCCUCAUCUUCAUGGGGACCAAUAGGUAUGUUCAUCGAAGGAUGGAGAUCACGAGUCUCCGCAGAUCCUCAAUUCCCUUUCAAAGUCCUCAUGGAAGAGCUCGUCGGAGUCACCGCCUGCGUCCUCGGUGACAUGGCGUCACGUCCCAACUUCGGAUUAAACGAACUCGAUUUCGUCUUCUCAACUCUCGUCGUAGGUUCGAUUCUAAACUUCAUGCUUAUGUACCUCUUGGCUCCAACUGCAGCAACCGCUGGUGUCUCCCAAAGCUUACCCGGAAUCUUCAGAAACUGUCCUUCCGGACAUAUGUUCGAACAGGGUGGCUUCAGCGUUAUGAACCGUUUCGGGACUCUUGUGUAUAAAGGAAUGGUUUUUGCGACGGUGGGGUUAGCUGCAGGUCUUGUGGGAACAGCUAUCUCUAAUGGUUUGAUUGUGUUGAGGAAGAAGAUGGAUCCCGGGUUCGAAACUCCGAAUAAACCGCCGCCGACGGUGCUGAAUUCGUUGACUUGGGCGACUCAUAUGGGUGUGAGUGCUAAUGUGAGGUACCAGACGUUGAACGGGGUUGAGUUUUUGCUUGCGAGGGCGAUGCCGCCUAUGGUGUUUAAGACGAGUGUGUUUGUGUUGAGGUGUGUGAACAAUGUUGUGGGAGGGAUGUCUUUUGUGUUGUUGGCGAGGAUGACUGGUUCACAGUCUGUGGAGGGGAAGACGGAGGUUGCUGUUGAGGAGGAGGAGGAGAAGACGGAGGUUUCAGUGAAGGUGAAGGAUGUUUGAGUCGAAUCAUAGUGUCUUUUGGAGCUACUCUUUGUUCAUAGGUUCAGAAGAGAGCUUUCUUCUUCAGUGAUCUUCCUUUUAGAGUUCUGUUAUGUUUAUGAAUAAAAUAAGACUAAUCCCUCUUUAGGUUCAUCCUAAUAUUUGGAUUUCAUUUUGUUUGCUGUUUUCUUUAUCAAACCAUUACCAAGAAAGCAAGUUCUCAAUAAAGGGUGUUUUACUAUUUG